AAACUAUAAAUCAAAUGGCUUAAAACGAUCACUGCAAUUAUGUACAGAGAAAUCAAAUUUACCAGAAUAUGAMGUCAUGAAACUGAGACAACAGUUUUCCCUUUUAAUGAAAAACUAUAAAAUUUAACAAGACAUUGCCUUGGACUAAACAAACAUCAGAGUGAUGUUAUCAUGUCAAUAAUAUUGAACUCCUCCCAUCAUUGGAUAUCCUCUGUUCAAACAAAUAAUCAGUGGAAGACCCAGCCACAAGUCACCCUGAAAAAAUCCUUCUUGUCGUCAAAAUUUUGUCCCUUUGUAAACUUUAGUGUUUUCUUUUCUUGACUAGAUACACUUAAUUUHACCAGGAUGCGCAAAUGCAUGAAAGCGUUCUGUUUGAAGUUCACAAUCAAAGCAAAGAAUUGAUUUGCUUAACACGUAUGUUGCAAUUUUGAGGGAAAAUAGAGCAACGAAUUGUUUUGAUCAGCUGUCAAUUUUCUACGUGUGUUAAUUAAGCAGCCUUUUGGAAAUUCAAAUAGAACGAAACCAAUGGACCAAUCGUUUGUUGAGAGKCUGUAAUAUUGCUGUGAUGCUGAUGUAGUUAUUUGAUGUUGCAGUAUUAAAAAAAGCGACCAUAUUURCGAGGAGGACGUACAGCCAGCAAGACCGUUUGCUUUCAACUACAUUGAUAACCUGUGUUAUCCUGUCAUUUUGGUAUUCUUCGUAAGCCAGUAUUCUAAAGUGUUUGAUAUUCAACAAUUAAAAGAGAGUUCUUUGAUGUGAAACUCUGCAAUGGCUUUGGGAUUUACCAGAAGUUAUUUCACGUUGAUUCUAUGUGGGAUUCAGUUGUAUMACAGCAAUUUCUGCUUGGGAUUUGACUGUGGAAAACCAAAGAUGUCACUAAUUUGUACAGAGAAACAAAUAUCAACGUUCCCAUCGCCAAAGUGUUCAUCACCCUACAAUACUCAGUACAACAAAACAACUCACUGCUUAAUCCUAUCAAGAAAUCGUCUUGAAAAGAUCACACAAGCGAUGUUUUCUAUGUUAAAAGGCUUAGAAACUCUGAGGUUGAAUAAGAACAGAUUGUCGACUAUAGAAUCUGGUGCAUUUGAUAAUCUAACGUCUCUACGAGAUCUAGAUCUUUCUGAAAACUUUCUCACACACAUCACAACAUCGAUGUUCUCAAGACUGAAGCACCUCAAUAAACUCUAUCUUGACGGMAAUGCAAUUAUCUCAAUACAACCUGGUUCAUUUGAUGGAUUGAAUGUUCUCUCUCACAUAAAGCUWCAAAAGAACAAACUCAAUGCGUUACCGCAAUACAAUCGAUCAAAGUCAGCAGUGACAACGUU